AGGAAAGCCGGGAGGCCAGCGAGACCGGUCGCGUGAAACCACCGCGCGCUUGAUUAAUUCAUCUCUGAAAACUCGAAGUUAAAGAGCAACGACAGUCAUUUUGACACAGCUGAAACAAAACGAAGAAACCUCGAUAUAGAUCUAUAUUCACCAACACCUGGAAGCAGAUUGACUGAGUUUGUUACAGGUGUCCGGUCAAAAUGCGUCUGAUGAGGCGACGCAUCUCCCCUUUAAAGCUUGCCGUGUUGGGCGGCAUGCUUUUCCUUGUGGUUCUCGUGGUUCUCCAGAGGGACGUCGGCAACGCUGCGCUUCAGGACCCCUGGCUGCAAGAUCUCUCUGACAAAAAGGAGAAAGUCUUGGAGAUGGUCCGCGGGGCGGUCAAUAACUUGGGAUUCCAGAUCGGAGCCCCGCAACCCCCGCCGGUGGAAAUGCGGCACACCCCUGACAAAAACUGUCCAUCGGGCUUUUACACUCAGGCAGACCUCAGACCCUGGAUAGAGAGACCGCCGCAGGACUCUACGGCGCCAGGUGCUGAUGGCGCCGCCUUCCAGAAGGACAGCAUGACCGCUGAGGAGGAGAAGGAGAAACAGGAGGGGAUGACCAGGCACUGCUUUAACCAGUUUGCCAGUGACCGGAUCUCCUUGCACCGCAGUCUCGGUGAUGACACCCGUCCCCCCGAGUGCGUAGAGCAAAAGUUUCGCCGGUGUCCUUCUCUCCCCACCACCAGUGUGAUCAUUGUUUUUCACAAUGAGGCGUGGUCGACACUUCUGCGAACCGUGUACAGCGUGCUACACACCACGCCGUCAGCUUUCCUCAAAGAAAUCAUUCUGGUGGAUGAUGCCAGCAUAGCAGACCACCUACACAGUCAACUGGACGAGUAUGUGAAGGCACUGAAGAUCGUGAAGGUCGUGCGUCAGCCGGAGAGGAAAGGUCUCAUCACAGCAAGGCUUCUUGGGGCGAGCAAAGCUCAGGGAGAAACCCUCACCUUCCUGGAUGCGCAUUGUGAAUGCUUCCACGGUUGGCUCGAACCGCUUCUGGCUCGUAUCGUGGAGGAGCCGACCGCGGUGGUGAGCCCCGAGAUCACAACCAUUGAUUUAAACACCUUCCAGUUUCACAAACCCCAAGCGAACGCCCGUGCCCACAACAGAGGAAACUUUGACUGGAGUCUCACUUUUGGCUGGGAGGCAAUUCCAGACUACGAGAAUGCUAAACGCAAGGAUGAGACCUAUCCAGUAAAAACACCAACUUUUGCCGGUGGCUUGUUUGCAAUAUCUAAGGCUUACUUUGAGAAAAUCGGGACUUACGAUGAUAAAAUGGAGAUCUGGGGUGGUGAAAAUGUUGAGAUGUCCUUUAGGGUGUGGCAGUGUGGUGGGCAGUUGGAGAUAAUUCCCUGCUCUGUUGUGGGUCACGUCUUCCGUACCAAGAGUCCUCACACCUUUCCCAAGGGUACAGAGGUCAUUACGCGGAAUCAGGUGCGUCUGGCUGAGGUGUGGAUGGACGAGUACAAGCUGAUUUACUAUCGACGCAGCCAACACGCUGCUAAAAUGGCCGAAGACAAAGCCUACGGUGAUAUAUCUGACCGUCUGAAUCUCAGAGAAACCUUACAAUGCAAGAACUUUUCUUGGUACCUCACCAAUGUCUAUCCAGAGGCGUUUGUCCCUGAUCUUACCCCUGUCAAGUUCGGAGCACUAAAGAACACUGGAGCACAGCAAUGUCUGGAUGUUGGAGAAAGUAACAGUGGUGGAAAGCCUGUGAUUAUGUACACGUGUCACAACAUGGGUGGUAAUCAGUACUUUGAAUAUACAUCACACAAGGAGUUGAGACACAACAUAGGAAAGCAGCUCUGCUUGCAUGCAUCUCAUUACCCAGAGCAAGUGAAGAUUGAACUCUGCACAUUAAAGGGCAAAGGCAGUAGUCUGGUCCCUGAACAAGAGUGGGAGUUUACAGAAGAUGAACUAUUAAAGAAUCCCUCAUCUGGAACGUGCCUCCACUUGAAGGGGAAUCAGAUAGUUAUGAGCCCUUGCAAUGCAAUAAUCCUUCACCAGCACUGGGCUUUCAGUUGACCUCACACUCCAAACAAGGAGCAAGGACGUUCACUCCCAUAAGACCCACGCGGGAGGGCCAGCAGCCACGGCUCGGGCUGAAAUCAAAAAGAAUAUUGCAAGCCUGAGUGCACUCGCUGGAAGUGUAUUGGAUAGAUCAUAUCCAUAAGCUACCAAAAGACAUUGUGAUGGUACUGGAAUCAGGAUGCAUGUGCAGGUCAUGCAUAUUAAACUCACUGGAGCGCUGAAGAGUGAACAAUCCGACAAAGAAGUUUACUGAAGAUAUGUUUUAUUGACUGUUUUUGUUUACUGCUGCUUUUUAAAUGGUGUAGGUUUUAUUUAUUUUAUAAAGGAGUAAUUAAAUAUUUUUUCAACAUUGUUAGUGUUGAGAAAAAUUGGAAGGAGCGUUUUGGCCAAUGAUGUUGGGGUUUUGUAUGGAGAAAAAUAAUUUGCACAUGCAGCAGGGAAAUGAGGGUUGUGUUUCAGAUGUUGUGGAUUGCAAGAAAAAGCAGGACUAGUUUUUUGGUCCUUUUUAGUUUCUUUGAGCUUGAACCAGAAGUAUGUUUAAUAUAACAUUGGUGACUUCCAUCAUGUCUUUAAUGUGCUGUGGGCGUGGGCUGAUGUCUUUUGGGGACAGACUUACUCUAAAACUGUAAAUUGAACUCAACGUUUCGUUCCUGUAGUAUUGAAUACACAAAUACUUUUUGCUGAGUUAAUGAAAAUCUUUUAUACAAAAAGUUAGACGAAGUGGUCAUUGAGAUGUUUUUUUGUUUAGAUGUACAUUUUUAGAAACACAGUAAUAAUUAUUCUUGUCAUUUUGUACCGUUUGUGGAAACUGGCUACCAUGGUUAAUUUGUGACGUACUUCUACGUCUUCUACACUUUAUAAGGUAAGGGUAUCAUUUUUUUUUUUUUUUAACCGGUAAGCGGGAGAGGAACUUUUGUUUGUAAAAUAAACAGUGUAGAAGACGCUUCCUGGAAUUAA